GGCUGUUCGAGGUAGAGGGGUUGACUGUGAUUGGAUCACGAUGAAGUCAAAGUGUAAAGACAUCCACCAAUCAAGCAACCUUCCCUGCAUCUUGGAAACAUACCUGCCAUCUAGUGGUGGCAAAACGGCAGAGAAUGAAGACAGGCCUCAGCGUCGGAGGAAGAAGCUGACCCAGAGCAGAGAGACUGGGCCUGGGGGUCAGAAUCACCCUGGGAGUGCUGCUAGUGACCCAGACAGCGUCAGUCGCCAGGCUCUGCUCGAUCAGCGCCAUCUAGAGGCGUACAGAAACAUGCACCGUCUCAGAGACAUCCUGUACCAUCGAUACUCUGCCAUGCUCAGAGAUAAGAUACACACACAGAGACAGGAGAUACAACGACGUGCUGCGGCAGCUGGAACAGUCACCGAGGAUAAACACAUACCGAAACUGAGGAAGCUGACCUGUUCUACUCUCUCCCAUGACAACACAUACCUGAGGUCUCUUCCUCAAACCAGCUACUACCUGAUCUUGGGCCUUCAGAACCAGUUGUCUCGGCAUGGUUGUCUGAAGACCCUCCAGGACCAAGAGGACUUCUGUUUAAUGGUUAACCACCACCACCACCACAACCAUGGUCCAGUCCAGCUGCAGAGGACACUACAGGAGAUCAGGAAGAGGAUGAUUGGCAGCCGCUCCGCACCUGAUGUGAUGUCAUCGGGAUGGGGUUGGAGCCAGCAGGAGAUGUCAGGACAGACCCCUAGAAUUCACGUCACCACGGAGACAAGACACCUGGACCGGAUUGUCCAUUCAGAGACAGGGAGAGGGCUUAUGCCAGGAGAGAGACUUCCAGAAAGAGGGGUUGGGGAGAGACUUCCAGAAAGAGGGACUGGAGAGAGACUUCCAGAAAGAGGGGCUGGAGAGAGACUUCCAGAAAGAGGGGCUGGAGAGAGACUUCCAGAAAGAGGGGCUGGAGAGAGACUUCCAGAAAGAGGGGCUGGGAGAGACUUCCAGAAAGAGGGGCUGGGGAGAGACUUCCAGAAAGAGGGGCUGGAGAGAGACUUCCAGAAAGAGGGGUUGGGGAGAGACUUCCAGAAAGGGGGCUGGGGAGAGACUUCCAGAAAGAGGGGCUGGAGAGAGACUUCCAGAAAGAGGGGCAGGAGAGAGACUCCCAAAAAGAGGGGCUGGGGAGAGACUUCCAGAAAGGGGGGCUGGGGAGAGACUUCCAGAAAGAGGGGCUGGAGAGAGACUUCCAGAAAGAGGGGCUGGAGAGAGACUUCCAAAAAGAGGGGCUGGGGAGAACUCUGCAGCCUUCCUCCUCUCACAGCAGGAACAGGACUACACUGAGCAAAUGUUUCCCAAGGUGAAGGUUCCCAAGUUUGCAACCCUUCAGCCUAGUUUUCUGAAGAACUUGAAGACGGUGAUGCCAACAGUGGGAGUUGAGGAGAUACCUGAGAAGAGUAAGAGAGCAGAGAUGACUGUGAGGAUGCUGAGACACAUGCACAGCCAGUCCCUUACCAACAUGGCUGUCUCUCAGAGACUGCUACUGGACAGAGACAGACACUCACUGUGCUGCUACUGGGAACAGAAGAGGAGUUUCCAAGAUCUGACGCAGUAUGUAUUUCCGAGUGUUCACUCUGACGAAGAGAAGAUGAAGAGUUGUGCUGGGAACCUCCCUCCUCUCCUUCCUCUCCCUCCUCUCCCUCCUCUCCUUCCUCUCCUUCCUCUCCCUCCUUUCCCUCCUCUCCCUCCUCUCCUUCCUCUCCCUCCUCUCCCUCCUCCUCCGUCCUACCAGGAAUGGACCAGGAUCGACCCAGAUGAUUCAGAGGUCACUAGUCUGGCCCUGGAAGGGCUUGGGCUGAGGACCAUACCCUCUGCUGUAAACACAGAAAUAUGUAGCAAGACUCCUGAGCCUUUAUCCAUAGAAGAUGUGUGUCAACGCAACCCUUCAGGGGUGAUAAAUUGUGGAUAUAAGCUUUGGAGGAAUUAUGACGAGGAGACAGCCUAUUGAGUAUCUUCUUUGGAUGUGAAGGCCACGAGGCGACACCAAUCACCAAUCACCAAUACCAUGAACAAGAUAAAAAGAUUAUGAGAUUAUGUAUUAUUUUGACACCAGUUCACUGAGAGACCAGUUCACAGAGACCAGUUCACUUAGAGACCAGUUCACUGAGAGACCAGUUCACUUAGAGACCAGUUCACUGAGAGACCAGUUCACUGAGAGACCAGUUCACUUAGAGACCAGUUCACUUAGAGACCAGUUCACUGAGAGACCAGUUCACUGAGAGACCAGUUCACUUAGAGACCAGUUCACUGAGAGACCAGUUCACUUAAAAACCAGUUCACUUAGAUACCAGUUCACUUAGAGACCAGUUCACUUAGUUACCAGUUCACUUAGAUACCAGUUCACUGAGAGACCAGUUCACUGAGAGACCAGUUCACUUAGAGACCAGUUCACUUAGAGACCAGUUCACUGAGAUACCAGUUCACUUAGAGACCAGUUCACUGAGAGACCAGUUCACUGAGAGACCAGUUCACUUAGAGACCAGUUCACCGAGAGACCACUUCACUGAGAGACCAGUUCACUUAGAGACCAGUUCACUUAGAUACCAGUUCACUUAGAGACCAGUUCACUUAGAGACCAGUUCACUUAGUUACCAGUUCACUUAGAGACCAGUUCACUUAGAGACCAGUUCACUUAGAGACCAGUUCACUUAGAUACCAGUUCACUGAGAGACCAGUUCACUGAGAGACCAGUUCACUUAGAGACCAGUUCACUGAGAGACCAGUUCACUUAGAGACCAGUUCACUUAGAGACCAGUUCACUUAGAUACCAGUUCACUUAGAGACCAGUUCACUUAGAGACCAGUUCACUGAGAGACCAGUUCACUUAGAUACCAGUUCACUGAGAGACCAGUUCACUUAGAGACCAGUUCACUGAGAGACCAGUUCACUUAGAUACCAGUUCACUUAGAGACCAGUUCACUGAGAGACCAGUUCACUUAGAGACCAGUUCACUGAGAGACCAGUUCACUGAGAGACCAGUUCACUUAGAGACAACUUCACUGAGAGACCAGUUCACUUAGAGACCAGUUCACUUAGAUACCAGUUCACUUAGAGACCAGUUCACUUAGAGACCAGUUCACUUAGAGACCAGUUCACUUAGAGACCAGUUCACUUAGUUACCAGUUCACUUAGUUACCAGUUCACUGAGAGACCAGUUCACUUAGAGACCAGUUCACUGAGAGACCAGUUCACUUAGAUACCAGUUCACUUAGAGACCAGUUCACUGAGAGACCAGUUCACUGAGAGACCAGUUCACUUAGAUACCAGUUCACUGAGAGACCAGUUCACUGAGAGACCAGUUCACUGAGAGACCAGUUCACUUAGAGACCAGUUCACUGAGAGACCAGUUCACUUAGAUAUCAGUUCACUGAGAGACCAGUUCACUUAGAGACCAGUUCACUGAGAGACCAGUUCACUUAGAGACCAGUUCACUUAGAUACCAGUUCACUUAGAUACCAGUUCACUGAGAUACCAGUUCACUCUGGAUUCCUAUUGUGUUUGUCUUCGACUAUAUCAACAACAACAAAACAAUAUAGAUGGUAAAAUUACAAAUGUUUUUACCAAUAAAAUGUAUUAUUAGCAGUAUGUGUUUUACUUAUAGAAUGUAUCAUCAACAAUAUGAGUAAAGAACUCAAGGCAAAUAACGAAUAGAAAAGCAAUUAUUUAACUACCAAUCAUUUUUUAAGAGAAAUAUAACCCAUGUGUAUUUAGAACGACACUUUCUACUCAUCUAAGCUAAUAAUAAAACUUGCUAAGAAGUCGUUUUUUUGACGGGCCUGUUGCUAUGGUUAUUGUUUAAUCGUUAAGGCCUGGACUGCAUUUCCUGUGUUUUGUCACCUAGCUGACUACAUCCCAGGACUCGAAACUAACGUCUUUAAUAAUAGGCCUCACCUUUAAUCAUGGCCUUCGUGGGAAAUGGUUUGUAAAUGAUUUCAGUCAGGACUAUUAUUGAGGAGGAAAAGCAGCAAAAUGUUUGAAAUAAUGUGGUAAAAUAUAAACUGCUUCAUUGGAGGAAAACGUCCAAGUAUGUAUUUUUUGCAGAGAAAUUUUUUUUUUUUUUUUUACAAAUUUAAUUAAAAUAUCUUCUAUCUAUCUGAUUAGAGCUUGAGCAUCAGAAAUAAAUGUAUUUGUGCAUUAGACUAUAGGUCUGAGUCCUACCCAUCAGAACAUACAGUCUUCAGUAUAGAGCUUAGUAAAACUAUAAAGAAAUACCUUAAAGUAAUAAAGCAAUUCAAAUUGGCUGGUGAGCCAUCGACUUCAGACACAUUAUACCCAUCCUUCCUAGUCCGACUCAUAUGGCCGCACUCAACCAAUGGCUGAUCAGACAGCAUACAUCAGAGCAAAGAACAGCCAACCAGCGAUCAUCCAGACCUAUCCGGCGAUGGACUGAUUUAGGAGUAGGCUAUAUAUUUGGAAACUUUCAAUCUAAUGGAGAAGAUUGAUAUAUCCAAGAGGUACAGUGGGGCAAAAAAGUAUUUAGUCAGCCACCAAUUGUGCAAGUUCUCCCACUUAAAAAGAUGAGAGGCCUGUAAUUUUCAUCAUAGGUACACUUCAACUCUGACAGACAAAAUGAGGAAAAAGAUCCAGAAAAUCACAUUGUAGGAUUUUUUAUUUAUAUAUUUGCAAAUUAUGGUGGAAAAUAAGUAUUUGGUCGCCUACAAACAAGAAAGAUUUCUGGCUCUCACAGACCUGUAACUUCUUCUUUAAGAGGCUCCUCUGUCCUCCACUCGUUACCUGUAUUAAUGGCACCUGUUUGAACUUGUUAUCAGUAUAAAAGACAUCUACUUUGUGUCAUGCACGAAGUAGAUGUCCUAACAAACUUGCCAAAACUAUAGUUUGUUAACAAGAAAUGUGUGGAGUGGUUGAAAAACAAGUUUUAAUGACUCCAACCUAAGUGUAUGUAAACUUCUGACUUCAACCGUAUAUGCACUUUGUUUAAAAUACAUUAAAAAGUUACACUUUAAA